AUGGUUGACUGCAGCAGGGAAUCCCUUGCCGCCUCAGCCUUGUGGGACAUGUCCGUGUGCAAUCAACGGGUAUAUGCCUUCUCCCGGAAACACGGCUGUUCUCAAAACGUGUUUUCCAAGAUAAAACUAAUACUUAUCAGCCUACCGAAUGCAGCCAGAGAACGAUCUUCGUUCAACCGCUUGUGCGUCCUUGCUACGCCGCCGGUUGUCGUGUCAUAUUGUGCCGAUUGGAUUCCUUUCUCAGCAUCUCGCGACACAUACGCAUUGUCUUUAUCAGGUGCGAACAAUAACGCCCAUCCAUCUUCCAGUGUAAUUCCGGGCAGAAAGGCCAUGCAUCUCGGGGACUACUUUCCCAGUCGCCGAAGUAAUAUACCGCGCCAUAUCUCAACUCCUGAGUGGAUAGCAGCGAUGAAGUGUCUAGACAUGACCACACCACAUAACUGCCUGAAUACAUUUAAUUACUCCGGCGCUGAUAAUCGACCGGUAGUUGAUAAUUUUUCUGCUCUUUAUAAGCGAAAGGAUUGA